AUGGAUGACGCAAAGAGGAGAGCUUUGAUCAAGUCCCAGGCCGUCAAGAAGAGGGAAUCCGGCGAGGAGGUUCCUAAGGUGUCAGCUUCAGUCCCUAAGAGGAAACUGACGACAAAAUCCGACCGUCCAUUUAAGCAACCAAAGGUCUCUCUUGAACCUGUGGUUGGCUUAAUGGCUGAGGGUAACAAGGCCGUCACCCCAGCAAAGCAGGGGAAGGGUAAGGGAUUGAUGACGGUCCCAGACGGUAAGCAAGAGAGACCUCCUUCCCUUCUCCGUGAUGACUCCCAGUAUGCAUUGGAGAAGCUGUCGUCCAUCAUCACGGCAGAAGACUAUGAAGACCUGGGAAACCAUUCGACGAAGGCCAUGGGGGAGACGGGCCUCUUUGCCGUCGCUCAGUCCUUGGUCAUGAUGAAGGGACUACUUGACCGGUGUCUCAACCGUGAGAGUACCUUGGACCGGGUGCGCGCGAAGGCGCAGCAGACGGAGGAAGAGCUCGGACAACUUCAUAAAUGGAGGUCUAAGAUGGAGAAGAAGCUGGAGCUUUCUGAGCAGGCGAGGAAGGAACUGGAGGAGAAGACGGCCACUUCGCUGACGGCCAUAGAGAAUAAAGAGGCUGAGAUCAAACAGCUCAAAGAAGAGCUCCGUCAGGCGAAAGUGGCAGCCGUUGAGGAGUAUCGUUGCUCGGAGUCCUAUAUGCUUUUUAUAAUUGUUUGGUAUUCUGUUUAA